AUAUAAUAUCAGAUUAAAAUGAACGCAAAGUCAUCUAUCCCUACGUUCAUUCUAAAAACAUUUUAAAUGUUGGAGGUUUGUAUUAAAAGUAUUAAAUAAGGAUUAAAAGAACACUAAUGUAAUUAGUUGGACAUCUUAAGGCACUGCAUUUAUAGUAUAUAAUCAAAUUUUGUUGGAGAAAGAAAUCUUAUAGAAUUUCUUUAAGCAUAGUAAUUAUUCGAGCUUUGUAAGGUAAAAAAGAAGUUAUAUGAAUGUAUAGAUAAUUGAAUUUAUAUAAUUUUAAAAAAGUGAAAUCAAAAGAAGGCUAAAUAUUCAAACAUAAAUGUUUCCGUAAAGGCCUGAAGUAAAAUAAAGUUAAAUAAAUAAGAUCAAUGUUAUAAUUUAUAAAAAGAAAAAAUUAAGAUGAUUUAGUAGUUGGUUCUAAUAACACAGCUUUAGAAGAUCCAAGUAUUUUCAUUAUAUAAAUGUUAAUAGCUAUCAACGUAAAGGAGGAAUAAAACUUAUUUAAGGAAUGCGCCAUUGACAUCAAAGAAACAAACAAUAAAUUAAAAGAGGAUAUGAAAUUAUUAUAAGAAACAUCUUCAUAUUUAAUUGAUUAAAUGCAAAAUCUAAAUCAUGUAUUUAUAUAUAAGAUACAAUAAGUUUGUUUAUAACUAAAGUGUAGAUAUAGAAGUUAAAUUCAAAUAAGUUGGAUAAAUGUUACAUGCUAUUAAUGAAGAACUGAGGCAAGAGAGUAAAAUUUCAAUAAAUUAAUAUUAGAUAAAAGUGAAACCUAAACUAAUAAAUUUUUAGAUAAAAAAGAAGAAUCCUUUUAAGAAUCAAAAGUUGGUUCUCCUAAUCCAUAUGUGGAUUAUAAUAGUACAGCAUUAAAUCCAUUGGAUUAUGAAUAUUUUAUAGACUCAUUUCUAUGA